AUGUUGCCGGCAGCACUUAGAACGGCCUUGGACGUGCAAUCCAAGCUGAACGACUUGAAUCACUUGUCGGGGGCACUGAACAAACUCCAAGCUGACCAUGACCGCUACCAGAACUACCAGGACUUGCUGUCGGUUGACUUGGUGCUGGUGUCCAAGGAAGUGACAAACAUCUGGGCGCAGACCGAUUUAACCCAGCACGACUUGCCUGAGAACGAAGUGUUGCAAAACCCGCACCUGCGGGGCCGGCAUUGGAAGGAGCUCAGCGCCACCUUGGACGUCGUUUUGGACGUCUCCCACGCCGGACGCCCGCAGCUGGCGUUUGGCCAGGCAGCGGCCUGGAACUUGAGCAAGCACAUGGCGGGGCUUCUGACUGUGGCACGCCGAGCCACGCAGGAGCAUUACGUGGAGGUGGCGCUAGAGAACCUUGGGCGGUCCUGGAGCGGCAUAGCCGAAAGCCGCCUGGACUUGCCCAUCCUGAGCACCGGAUCUGGCCUCGUGCUGGGCAGCCUCAGGAUUCUCGAGGAACAGCUACAAGACGGCCGUGCGGUAGUGGGCUCCACUUCUCGUUUUGCUGAAGUGCACGCGGACCGCGUGAAGCUGUGGCAGGCACGAUUCGAGAAGAUUCAGGAGCUGCUCGAUGAGUUCGGCUCUUGCCAGCGGCGCUAUGCCCACUUGGACUCCGUGUUUUCCACGGACCUGCAGAAGCAGCUCCCAAACGAGUUCCUGGCAUUCCAGCCAGUUGAUAGCACCUGGAAGGCCUUACUUCUACGGCUGCAGCAGCGGCCGCAGGUUGUGGACCUGGCCCUGGAUCCACAAAACAUGCAAAUGCUGCGUCCACUGGGUGAGACAAUGGACGCCAUCGUCAAGGACCUGGACAAUUUUCUGGUUGCAAAGCGUCAGGGCUUUCCACGGCUCUGCUUCUUCUCGGACGCGGAGCUCCUGCAGUUCUUGCGUCUCUUUGGUAAGCGCGGCUCUGAUCCAAGAGCCAUGGAGCUCCUGACCCGGCAGUGCUUUCCAGGUCCUGGGGUGGGGGGGAGGGAAAGGGUGAAAAGAAAGAGUCCUCUCUUUCGCUUUUGCUUCGCUUUUGCUUCGCUUUUGCUUCAGGUGAAGUUCCGGGGUCCAGAAAGCCUGGAGGCGCUCCAGACUGCAAUGGUCGCAGCUUUCCGGCAGCUCUUGAAAGGAGCCAUCGAGGAGGCUGCGGCGGGUAAUGCUGACGAGUGGGCUGUGUCUGUGGAUCUCCCGAGCCAGGCACGGAGGCAAGAGCUGCAAAUGCCUUGCAGAUGGAAAAAUGAAGGUGGUGCAAGUGGCUUGGCAAGUCGUAUGGUGGAUGGCACUCCAGGAGUCGGGGCCUUGGGCGAAGUCCCUGAUUCGCUGUCUGGGAAUUUGCUGAUCCAAGGUCCUGGUUUUUGA